CGUUUAGUAGAACACCGAAAACAAAAAGCUCUGCUGCUUGGGAGAUCGAUCUCUCUCUCUCUCCUUCGGUCAGGCAAAAAUGGCGUUCCGAUAUUUCCUCCUCCUCUCCCUAACGGCUCUUCUCAUCGUCUCCGCCGCAUACGCCAACACCGACGACGAAGACCUCAGCUUCCUUGAAGAUCCCACCGACGACGAUGUUCCCGCCGAUUCCAGUGCCUCCCCCAAUCUCGACGAUUUCGACGGGGAGGACGACGACGAUUCCGAGAUGUACGACGACGAAGAAGGGGACGAGAACUUCUCCGAUCUGGACUCUCCGGAUUCGGAUUCGUUCGCGUCGCCGGUGGUCGACGAGAAGGACGUGGUGGUUCUCAAGGAGCGGAAUUUCACCGACGUGAUCGAGAACAACCAGUUCGUUAUGGUUGAGUUCUACGCGCCGUGGUGUGGCCAUUGUCAGUCUCUGGCUCCGGAGUACGCCGCCGCUGCGACGGAGCUGAAGGCCGACGGUGUCGUUUUCGCGAAGGUCGACGCCACGGAGGAGAACGAGCUCGCGCACGAGUACAAUGUCCAGGGCUUCCCGACCGUGUAUUUCUUCGUCGACGGCGAGCACAAGCCUUACAUCGGCGGGAGAACCAAAGAUGCAAUAGUGACAUGGAUCAAGAAGAAGAUUGGUCCUGCUGUUUAUAAUCUGACCAGCUUAGAUGAUGCGGAAAAAGUUUUGACCUCUGGCAACAAAGUUGCGUUGGGCUACUUGAACUCCUUGGUGGGCUCGGAAAAUGAGCAUCUCACUGCUGCUUCCAGAGCUGAAGAUGAUGUCGACUUUUAUCAAACAGUGAACCCUGAUGUUGCCAAGCUGUUCCACAUCGAUCCCGAGGCUAAACGUCCUGCUUUGGUCCUAAUUAAGAAUGAGGAAGAGAAAAUCAGCCAUUUUGAGGGGGAAUAUGUUAAGUCAGCUUUAAUAAAGUUUAUAUCUUCCAACAAGCUUCCUUUGGUUACCAUUUUCACUAGAGAGAGUGCUCCACAGAUUUUUGAGAGUGAAAUCAAGAAGCAGCUGAUGCUGUUUGCCAACAAAAAUGAAUCGGAGAAGGCUCUUCCUGAAUUCUCGGAAGCAGCAAAAUCCUUGAAGGGAAAGCUCAUCUUUGUAUUUGUGGAUCGGGAAAAUGAAGAAUAUGGAAAGCCCGUCGCUGAGUACUUUGGCGUGACAAAUGGUCCUAAGGUGGUUGCUUUCACAGGAACUGAGAAUCCCAAGAAACACUUCUUCGACGAUGAAUUCAAGUCGGAAAAAAUCAAGUCAUUUGGUGAGGAUUUCCUGAAUGAUAAGCUCAAACCUUUCUUCAAGUCCGACCCCAUUCCCGCAAAGAAUGAUGGAGAUGUGAAAAUAGUAGUUGGAGAUAACUUUGAUGAAAUCGUUCUAGACGAGUCAAAGGAUGUCCUUCUGGAGAUCUAUGCACCGUGGUGUGGCCAUUGCCAAGCCCUUGAGCCGACGUAUAACAAGCUUGCCAAACAUCUAAGAAGCAUAGAUUCUCUUGUCAUAGCCAAGAUGGAUGGAACAACCAAUGAACACCCCAGGGCAAAGGUUGAAGGGUUCCCCACGAUUCUCUUCUUCCCAGCAGGCAACAAGACAUCAGAGCCGAUAACGGUAGAGACAGAUAGAACGGUGGUUGCCUUGUACAAGUUCCUCAGGAAACAUGCCUCAAUCCCAUUCAAACUCGAGAAACCCACUGCAGCUUCAGCUCCUCGAACAGAGGACGAGGAGUCCACUCCAAAAGCAAAAUCUUCCGAGUCCAGCCAAACCCUGAGCGACCCAAAGGACGAACUGUGAUUAUAUAUAUAUUACGACAUUGCUUUAUAUGAAUGAAAACGUAGAGGAAGCAAAACAUGGUAUUUUCGUUGUAGAAAAAAAACUCACAAACAGUAUUCUCUCUGUUUUAUUAUCAACCUAACUCUUUUAUAAGUUCCCAUGGAUCUGAGAUUCUCAUGU